UUGCUCCAAUUUACAAUCGCGUAUUUAUUGUGUAUAGUUUAUGUGAUUGGACAGUUUGGUGUACGAUAUAUGCGUUGUGUUUGAUAUUCGUUCCGUGCAAUAUUAUAAUUUCACAAAAAUGAUGAAGAAAAUUGCCAUAAUUUUGCUUUUCGCCAUUAUCUACACAGUAUCAGCAAUUCCAUAUCCAGACGAAUAUGGAGGUUUUGAAUUCACCAACAAAAAAGGCCGAGCUCAAGAUGAAGAACAUGAUGUGGACUACUACGCUCAUCCAAAAUACUCUUUCAAUUACGGAGUAGAAGACCCACACACUGGAGAUGUGAAAAGUCAGCAAGAGUAUCGUGACGGGGAUGUACUAAAAGGCUCUUACACCGUCCAUGAUCCAGACGGUACCGUUAGAACUGUCGAAUACACAGCUGACAAAGAUAAUGGUUUCAAUGCUGUCGUCCAUAAGAGUGGACACGCCGUUCAUCCUCAAGACUAUCAUACUGGCGAUGUUGAUACUUAAUCAUACUGAGCUUAACUUACGUUAUAGUUACUGAACUCUAUGUCUUCAGCUCUCUUCCUCUACAUACUGCCUAUAAGAAUUACGUAAAAUUAAGUUCCUUACAAAUGAAUUCACUGUAGAUAUAUAGACGCGCCUUUUAGAUACCUACCUUACAUGUUCCAAGAAAAGUUACCUAUUUAUUUUAUAGAAAGAAAGAAAAAAUACCUAGUCAUGAAUUAGAAACAAAUUUUGCGCAGUAUGUUUUAAUUUAUAAGAGCUAUUUUAUACGUUAUAUUAUUUAUUCGUUGUCUCUGUUUGUAAAAUGAAUGAAAGUAAUA